AUCUGAAUGAACGGUUUAUGAAGGAGUCUCUUGCGAUGGAGAAACAGUCUUAGAAUGGGCACCAAUCGAUGGAAGGAAUUCACUCAAUCAGCGGCCCGUGUCCGCAAUAUGCUAGGAACAAUUUCACCAACCUCCCAGACGAACUGUGCGCGAGGAUAUUCUCCUACCUCCAUCCAAUCCAACAUCAGCUUCCUUUGAUAGCUCUCGUCUGUCAAAAAUGGAGGCAGAUUUUACAGUCGACGGGCUCCCUUUGGCGGUCAAUCCACAUCGACCCGACAGACUACGACUACUGGCACUUCUCCCUCAUCGACACCCUGUUCAGGAUCUAUGGCCGACACGUACAGACCCUGACGUGGAAGGAGACUGCCCCAGUGUACGAGUCCCUCUUUGCCCUCAUUCCCCAGCUACGGAACCUGAGGUGCCUACGGUUGCCCGUCCUGUGGACGCAGAAGAUCAUUGAGAGCCUGUCCAGCUUGACCCAACUGGAGCAAAUUCAUGUGAACGGAGGAUUCACCAUCACAGACACAGAGUUGGAGCAAAUAUGUGAAUACUUCCCAAACUUGCGUUUGAUCUCCUUGAAUGCUUGUUGGAGCGUUACUGCCGAGGGAGUCCAUGCGAUGCUGCAAAGACUACCCCAUCUGCAUACGGUCAACCUCAAGAUCAACUCGGGACUGCGCUUGAAUGAUAUGAGGAGCGAACGAGCCAUGCAAGAGGGAGGAAGGAUAGCUCUGUCUUUGGCUAAUUCGGAUUUUGCCCACUUACUUUCGGUGUUGUGCCUUCAUUUCGUGCCCAUCGAAAUGGAUGAGUUGUGGGAGAUGGUGGAUAAACUCCCUGGACUGAGAAGGCUUAGCAUCAGCAAUUGUGAGCACCUCCACGGAAUCCGCCUUGUCUCUUCCUCCCUCCAGAAGAUCUACCUCUUCAACAUGUGGAGUGUCCUUUUCGUCAGCAUCACGGCGGCCAACUUACGUCACGUCACAAUCGACCACGGAAUGGAGUCCAUGGAACAUCUAGAGAUCUUUGCGCCGAGGUUGAGGCGUCUUCAGGUUGACGGUUGCAAGGUCUUACGUACAAUCAAUAUCCGAAGCGAAAGACUUGCAAUAUUGGAGCUAAAUAACUGUGAUGAGUUAGACAUGCGAUCAUUAAGACACACCUUGACAAAUAAUCCGAGUCUCUUGUCUCUAAAACUGGGACGGAUCCGAGAGGAGAAUUUGGCGAUAGACGAGACGACAUGUCCGUCCAUCCAGGAACUGUGUCUCCUUGGGGAGUUCGGGUGCCGCACGGUGUAUGUCCGGAGUCCAACCUUGAGGCUGAUCCACACGGAAGCAGACACUGAUCUCAUUCCUUUCAACCACAUGUACAUAGUCGCAAAUCAUUUGUGUAAAGUAGCUUUGGCAGGGGUGCCCAAUCUACGCUCCAUGGUCAUCCAGUGCUGUAGCGUUGACUCCAUUGAGCUCAAUCUUUGCAGUGACGACCAGGUGUGCCUUGAGUCCUGCGUCAUCCAGGCGUUUUCGGCAAUUGGCUUCUUGCGCUUGUUCGACUGCAAAGUCAACAUGUUCAGUGUGAGCACACCCCUCGCAAAGACAAUUGUUCUGUAUCGGUGUUGCCUUCCAGACUACGUCCUGCAGAUGGCACUUGCUGGAUGUCCCAAUAUCUCGCAUCUGAAUCUUGAGAAAUCGCGAGAAUUCAGUCACGUGAACAUCCAGGCUCCGCCGAUGAAAUACCUCAACUUGUUCGGGUGCCAUGACGUCAUGGAAGUUGAUGUUGAUUGUCCAGAGCUAGUUGCUGUGAAUCUUGGUCAAUGUCCGAAUGUCCAUUUCUACUUAAAGGGCGCAGAGCUCAAUAUGACUACAAGUGAAAAACCUAAAUUCGUGCUUCCACAUGAAAGUUACCGCUGGAGUCAUGAUUACCCUCCCGAAGUGUAUUACUGCAGUUGAUGCUUGUGAAAUGUUAGUUUUUGUAGCUGUAGCGUGCUAUUUAUUAGGAUGUAGGACUUGAUUUCGUGAAAUAAGGGAGGAUUAAGGAACAAUCAUCAAAUCAUUUGCCAACGUUUUGUUGCUGCGACUGUUGUUCAUCGUCACAACAUUAGUCCACAAAUGUAUUCUGUUUGACAUCCCAAACUGGAAAACUCGUCAUAUUCACCAUGAUCGUUUCAACACGACGCAAAUGGUCUCGCGUAGAGACCGACGACGAAAUGAAACGGGCUCGACGCCGAUAAUGGGUGUCUUGUACAUGUACGCCAACUCACCGUUUUUCGCAGACUUUAUAUCCAUGUUCACAUCAGCAAGGAUAGUUUAAAGACUCGAUUGGUAAAAUGCCUGUGAAAAUCUCGCGACAUUCAGCGAAAGUUGUGGGAGAAACCGCCAAAAGGCAGACUCCUAUAAUAUGCAGUCCAAUUCGUCAUCCUGAUCGUCUUUCCAUGGCGACAGAACGAGGCCGGUCCACUGCGUCAAUAGUGUACCAAAGGGACGUUUGCGAAUGCAUUUUAGACACCGAGGACCUUUUCGUCUUUCGAUUAAAUUGUUUGCUAUAUACUUGUAGAGUAGAUUCAGAUUUUUUUGAUGAAAACUCCCCGAUAUGCCAGGUUAAAGAUUUUCGUGACAUUUCGAUGCCUUUGCCCUUACUUGGCUGGGAAUCGUGUGUCAGGAGUAAUUUCACGAAUGGUGUUGUGGUGUGGUGUCCUCGACGGCUGACCAACGGCAAUGGGCAAUGUUUUAUUGUUCAGUCGGGUUGGUGAGGGCAGAUUUCAGUCUAUCGAAUGAAGGAAAGGAACUUGGCUUGGGAAUUGGUAAUGGUACAUGUUUCCAGCCUCGGAAUAGUUUUUCUCUCGGUGAGACGUGUUUUAAAGUGGUGUCGGUUCGUCUUCUUAAACACCAUUGUAAAUGUGUAAAUUAACUCAAUAAAA